UCCAAGUUGGGGAGAGCUGUGCCUGCACCAUGAGGCCAGCGCUCGCUUUGUGCCUCUUCUGGCAGGCGUUCUGGACCCCGCGGGGUGGUGCCGAACACCCCACGGCCGAUCGCGCAGGCUGCUCGGCCUCGGGGGCCUGCUACAGCCUGCACCACGCGACCAUCAAGCGGGCGGCGGCCCAGGAGGCCUGCAACUUGCGCGGCGGAGCGCUGAGCACGGUGCGCGGGGGCGCCGAGCUGCGCGAGGUGCUCGAACUGCUGCGGGCGGGCCCCGGGCCCGGAGGGGGCUCCAAGGACUUGCUGUUCUGGGUGGCCCUGGAGCGCGGGCGCUCCAACUGCACCCUGGACCAGGAGCCUCUGCGGGGCUUCUCCUGGUUGUCGUCGGCGGACGUCGGCGGCUCCGAAGGCGACACGCUGCCGUGGGUGGAAGAGCCCCAGCGCUCCUGCACCGCGCGCAAGUGUGCGGGGCUUCAGGCCACCCGGGGGGUGGAACCCGCCGGCUGGAAGGAGAUGCGGUGCCACCAGCGUGCCGAUGGCUACCUGUGCAAGUACCAGUUUGAGGGCCUUUGCCCGGCGCCGCGCCCCGGGGCCGCCUCGAACUUGAGCUACCGCGCGCCCUUCCAGCUGCACAGCGCGGCGCUGGACUUCAGUCCGCCCGGGACCCAGGUGAGUGCCGUCUGCCCCGGGCAGCUCUCCGUGACAGCCACCUGCAUCGUAGACCAGGAAGGCUGGCGCUGGAAAGGGAUCGCCCCCGGGGCUCCGCUUUGUCCCUGCUCCGGGCCCUACCGACGCGCCGGCAAGUGCGCGCUGCUGGCGGACUGUCUGGACGACUCGGGACGCUUCAGCUGCCAGUGUGCCGAGGGCUUCGCGCUGGGAAAAGACGGACGCUCUUGUGAGACCGGUGGGGCAGGACGGCGGCCAACUCCAGGAGGGACCCAGAUGCCCAGCCCACGGCCGCCGUCCAGCACAACAAGCCCCGUGCCCAAGAGACCUGGGUCGCCCAGCGUUCACCGGGAGCUUGGAGAGAUGCCCUGGGCUCCGGGACAAGGCGGUUCUACGACGUCAAGUCCCAAGAUGCCCCGGUGGGGAGCAACUAGCACGACCUCUGUCCUUCGGAUGACCUCUCAAGCUGCCAAGCCAAAGGCCACUGCCCCCUCCGCAGGACGAACAACUCCUGCGUUUAAUUCCACUUCUUCCCCGGCGGUCUCCCAGGCAUUUGACUCCUCCACUGUGGUCUUCAUUCUUGUGGCCAUCGCCAUAGUCGUGUUGGUGAUCUUGACCAUGACAGUGCUGGGCCUUUUCAAACUUUGCUUCCACAAGAGCCCUUCCUCACAGCCCAGCAAGGGAUCCCCGGCCAGGCCCGGUGUGGAGAGUGGGGCCGAGGAGACCACUCAGCGCUCUGGUUCUGUUCCUGGCCCUGGCCCAGACCAAGGGGGAAAGCCGACCCGGGACAGAGCCGGCGGCUCUUGGUUGUCAGACUCCACUCCAGGGUCCAACAAUACAAAGGGAAACAGGGGACAGUGAGUACUUUUUAUUUGCGAGCUGUUCCCCCCCCCCCCCCCCACACUUUUCCAUGAAAAGGGAAAGAAGAGGAACUUAUUUGUGGGAAAGGCCCUUUUCUUUAAGAAUUCCUCCUUUCUCUAAGAUCUGUCUUCUCUAAUGAGGAGCUGUUUGGAGUGGUCCUCCUUUGAAGAUGGAAGAGGUGGGGAUGCUGGGUGAUAUCAGGGUUCUUACCAGGGAAAGUGUUUUUUUGGGAAGAUUUGGAGAAGUGAUUGAACUUUUGGAGACAUCGUAAGCAGAAACAAAGCAGAAGAUAUAUUUUAAAUUUUAUUUUUUUUUCCAAAAGGGAAAAGUAGCCUUUGUCUACAUUGUUCAGGUUGGGAAUAGAUUGGUUUGAAUUUCCCCAACAGAAACUAAAUAAAGUACUUUUUAUAACCCAG